CUGGUGUCUGAAUAUUAAAAAGAAAAUAAUAGGGAUUGAUAAAUACACGCAUACAUGCAACCAUUCGCAAAUUUAAGUAUCAUUUUACUUAUUUUUGCUACUGGCAGACCCAAUUCGCAACAAGUUGACAAAAAUACAUAGUAACUCACUCACUCCUUGAAAUCGGACACGUUUGACGAUAAAAACGUCGCGAAAAGUUUGUGUCGUCGCAGUUUUAGUGUAAUUUAAUCACCUAUUCGUAAAAGAGCACGGGUCCGAACGCGUAUGCAAGCAUGGACGAAUUUAAUCCACAUUCUUUUAAUUCUCGUUCUUCUUAACGAGUUCAAAUUGACGCUGUGUGUGGUGCUCUUGGCCUAAAUAAUUGACAUCAAGGCUGCCAAUAAGACGGCAAAGUCUUUCGGAUUUUUUUUAAUAGUCAGUCUUUAAAAAAAUGCUAUUUGUGUUUCAUAAUAACAAAGCAACAAUGGUGAAUAAAUCCCGUCUCCACAAACCAACCCGGUUGAUUUUGAUCCUGCUGAAUAUAAAUUUUCUAAUAUUUUCAUUCGUCUUGAUCAUCUUUGGUUUGAGUGAGACGGAGAAAGUUAGUGGAUUACUGACCGGCGUGGUUGACACUGGUACUGCAACUUCCAGUCUGCUUUUACUGGUGCCCUCUCCACCCACAAUAAUCCUGUUUUUGGGAAUCGUCACCAUCGUCUUGACUGGAUAUGGGCUACACGGUGUGGAUGAUUACUGUCAUCUCGUCUCUUAUUCCGUGGUGAUAAGUGUGUUUAGUCUGGUGGACCUGGGACUUGGAAUAUCUGCCGGUUUUAUGGAGCAAUCUGCCGGGAGGAUGGUGGGCGAUGGGAUGAUGGUCACCUUAAAGAGGGCAGCGCUUAAUGGCUCAAUUUCCGCUACCAGAACUAGUUCACUGGACUUGGCCACCCUAAAUUGGGCUCGGAUUCAACGUGACAUGAAAUGCUGUGGGGUUUACGGGCACACGGACUGGGACACUGGUGCUGUAGUGGUGUCACCCCCCUCGGUGGGUGUCAUUCCGGGUUCCUGUUUUGUCCAAGGAGGCGAAGAUUCAUCGUCCACCUCGAUCGUCGUGGAGGAAGAUUUUAGCAACGACAGGGAUAAAAAAUGGAUUUAUCCGGAAGAACAUGUUAAUAUUUUUCAGGAGGGGUGCUUAUCCAAAGUUGUGGAACGGUUAGGUUACGCAAGAGUUGAGAGGAUUGGAAUAAUCCUUGGGAUAGGAAAGUUAGUUGCAGGAUUGUCUGCAGGGUUAGUGGCAUACAUCGUGCGAGACGAGUGGAAUAAGGUGAGAUUUGUGUAGUUUAAGUUGUUGUAGGGAGUCAUAAUUAUUUAUAAUUGAUUAUAUGUAAAUAAGAAGAAAAGUGUGAAUUAUUCCCGGUUGGGUUGUGGCAAGUUGGCGUUUUAAAACAUAUCCAAAAGAAAAAUAGAAUUUAACAUUAUCUAAGCAGGAGUAAUACUAUUUUUAUCGAUAACAGUUACGUUCUUGAGAUAAUCAGAUUUUGUAAUAAUAAACAUUUUGUCCUUAAUAUCUAAA